AUAUUUUCAUAGUGUAGUUAUUGAGGUUAAAAUUAGAGUUUUUUUCAUAGAUUAAAUUAAGUUUAAUUUAAAAUAAAUAAUGAAAGAGUCUAAUAGAAAGAGACAAUAGACCGCUAUAACUUGCUUUUUUAUGUACAUUUAUUGGGCAUGAUCUAAAUUGUCAUAUUUUGAAAAAAACCCUUCUUUCUGAACGUUUGUAGGCUAGCCUCUAUUUGAUAUUGAAAGUAACUAACUGAGCUACAAUGAUUCCUAGUAUUUUAGGAAACAGCAUUAGAUAUGGAAAUAAAGUACAAGCUUUAUCUACUCUGUUUUCUGCGUUGACUGUGAGACAAGCUGUCCCAGCAAGUCAUGCACAAAUAGUUAUCAGAACAUCAACUACAAGUUUCUUCAACAAAUUACCUGCAGAAAGUUUGUGGAAGGGAGUCACAAGUGUCAGCAAUGCAGGACGCAAACGUGGUCGAGCGUCAGGUGGCAGGAAGAAACACGCGAAAAACCUUAAUAAAGGACAAGUGAUCGGUGUUGGAAAGGCCAACAUUAUUUGGCCGGGUCUCAACAGUCCCGUGAUUCGAGGCAAGGAGGUUGUCAAGCAGCAGAAGCUGCCUGAAGAUCCCGAACGAGAGGCGAAGCUGAUUAAGAUCCGGAGCGAGAUGGUGGGAUUCCGACCCCUCAAGCUCAGCCCCAUCGAGCGAGGAUGGACCGGAGCCAAGUUGGGCGGACGUAUGCUCGGUCCUCCAGACCCGAUUGGGGAAGAUAAGUUUGAAGGAUUCAAUUCAGUGGUUGUUGAGUACAAACAAGUAUUCCACAUGACCGGUAACCUGGGCCGCAAGAGGCAAGUGAGUGCGUUUGUGGUGACGGGCAACGGCGAGGGACUGGCAGGGUUCGCCCGAGGCAAGGCAGUGGAGGGGAGAGUGGCUCUUGUCACGGCCAAGAACAGAGCUGGACAGAAACUCAUGUACAUAGAGCGCUACAACAACCACACUGUUAUGCACGACUUCUUCGCCCAGUUCGGCAGCACCAAAAUCUUUGUCAAGAAGGUGCCAGAAGGUUAUGGUCUCAAAUGCCAUCGAGCUAUAAAAAGCAUGUGUCAGGUGAUUGGCAUUAAAGAUAUUUACGCUAAGGUAGAGGGUGCCAUCAACAUUCAGAAUAUCACCAAAGCUUUCUUCUUGGGUCUACUUCAACAGAAAACCCAUGAACAGCUGGCCGAAGAGACGGGUUAUCACCUGGUAGAGUUCCGUGAGGAGAACGGAGAAUUGCCCAUUGUCCUAGCCUCGCCUCAAGAGCCCAAGCAAGAUAGUACAGAUCCUCCGGAUUUUGACCAGUACAUAAUGAACAACCGAGUAGCACUGCAGCGGAAGAAGUUUCCUCCUUUCUAUGCGGACACUUUUGGAUACAAGAAACACCUUUGGCAAGCAGAAAAGAGAAGAACUCACGAAAAGUCAAAACUACAGAUGAUUGCUGACUACGGAAAGGUCCGCAGUUUUCUCGGAGAGAAAUAUCCGGAAGCACAUAUUGAUUAUGCUUUCAAUAAAUAUCGAGCAGAGAAGAAAUCAGGAGAACAGUAGAUAUUUUGUAAUGACUGUUACCAUGUAAAUGUAAAUAUAUAAUUCUUACUGUUUACAA